GACAUUUUGAUAGCUUUCUUUUCAAGAAAUCUUCAAAUAAUAUAUAUCCUAUAAAAAUUCAGCUAUAGUUAUAGGAUAUCAUCAGGGAUAUACAUUAUUCCAAUCUGCGUUUUGCUUAGAGAUUGUAGGUCAUUAAAGUAUGGCGGACGGCAGCAGCAUGAGCCAAGCAAACGAAGUGCCAUCUUCAGCUUCUUCGAUGGAUGUAAGUCCGGUUCAAAAUGGCACGGUUAAUCAGGAAGGACAGCAACAGCAGCCACAGCGACCUAACAUGUGGUCAAUCUUGAAAACACUGGUUGUACGCAUGUUAAUUAUCUACUUCAUUGCUAGCUUUUUUCGCCGGUCUCCAACAACGCCAGUCAGUGACACAGGAAGUUCUGGAACACAGACCCGUCCAGCCUCCAACCUGUUUGAGAAGGGAACAGUUAUGGACAUGUAUGUCUAUGUGUCUGAACAAGAGGAGUUUACAGACUUUAACAAUGAAGAAGCACUCUUUUGGGUUGAGGAAGGUCUGGUUUAUGGAGAUUGGACUAGUGGACCAAAUAGUGAUGGUACCUUCCAAAGAGAUGGUCAGAUAAUACCUUCAGAGAAUGUGCAAAGCAAUGGUUCGUUGUAUGUCCACGUAUUCUUCGUCAAAGAGGGGAAGUCACCAAAUCCCGCAGACAAAGCAGACAAACGAUACUUAAAGAAGUACACAGCACAUCGUUCAAAGCGUUUGAACAAAUUCAAGAAGAGGCGCUACCAUUCCACAGUUAAUCUUCUUACUGGGGAGACAGAUGUUCAUCCAGAUCUUCAAAAGAAGGAGAAUUCAUCAUCAUUUGAAAUUCUGUCCCACUGGCACCCAAACCUUACCAUCAACCUCUUAGAUGACCAUUCACCUUGGGUGCAGGGUGCUGUUCCUCAGCCUUUGGAUGAGUAUAUUGACUUUUACCCAGGUACCAACAAGUACUACCCAGUUAUAUACCUCAAUGACUACUGGAAUCUCAACAGUGAUUAUAUGCCUAUAAAUCACACAGUAAAGGUUUUGAAUCUGACCUUGACCUACAGCCCUAUCUCGCUAUUCAAGUGGCAGAUGUAUGCUGCACAGUCCAUGCGCAACAAGUGGACCAGUAUGCUAGGCACAGACUUCAUGGAGGACCAGGACGAGGACCAAGACUCCCUGAAGACAGCAUUCUUGGAGACAAGCCCAUAUUUGCUAGCACUGACUAUUGUUGUGUCCAUUCUGCACAGUGUCUUUGAGUUUCUGGCCUUCAAGAAUGACAUUCAGUUUUGGCGCAGUCGCAAGUCACUGGAGGGACUGUCGGUCCGCUCUGUCUUCUUCAGUGUUUUCCAGUCCGUGAUUGUACUGCUUUAUGUGAUGGACAAUGAGACCAACACCAUUGUCAAAAUCUCCAUUUUCAUAGGCCUGUGCAUUGAAAUCUGGAAAAUUCACAAAGUCAUUAAUAUUGAGGCUAGUUCAGGAGAAAAGUGGUUUGGAACAGUGCCACGAUAUCACUUUUCCUUCAAGUCAACAUACACAGAGAGCUCAACCAAGCAAUAUGAUAUGCUUGCCUUUAAGUACCUGUCCUGGGCACUGUUCCCACUGUUGGCUGGGUAUGCUGUGUACUCACUGGUCUACCAGGAGCACCGCGGGUGGUAUUCUUGGGUACUCAGCAUGCUGUAUGGCUUUCUUCUCACCUUUGGGUUUAUCAUGAUGACACCCCAGCUGUUCAUUAACUACAAGCUCAAGUCUGUUGCCCACUUGCCCUGGCGCAUGCUCACUUACAAGGCACUGAAUACUUUCAUAGAUGACAUCUUUGCCUUUAUUAUCAAGAUGCCUACUUUGUAUAGGCUGGGUUGUCUGCGAGAUGAUGUGAUUUUCUUUAUCUACCUGUACCAGCGUUGGAUAUAUCGAGUUGACCCCAAGCGGGUCAAUGAAUUUGGCACCAGCCAAGAAAUGCUGGAGAACCCACAAGCUGCAGUUGAAGGCAAAGAAGAUGGAGCCAAUCUGCCAGUUGCAGAGAGCUCAGAGGUUUCCUUGCCAUCUAAAUCUCCAUCUGACAAAAAAGAAGACUAGUUCCUGCCAGGGGCUGCAGAAUCUCACUCUUGUUGGUCUCAGCAGCCUGAAAAAUCUUUAGCAAUUAGCAUGCAGAAUGCAUAACCAGGUGUAAAUGUUGUAUGGUAAUCAGACUGGUAAAUCCUUCCUGUAGUUAGGCUGUCAGAUGAAGCUAAGCCUUUUCUUUGACCGUGGGUAAAAAAUUUGAGAGAUAAAGAAUUGUUCCCCCCUCUCCCUAUUUCUCCUUUUUUCUUUUUGCUGCACCCAAGACUAAUAGAGUUUUGCAAGUAUGAACAGAAAUCGUUACAAACAAGUGUAACCUUUUCUGUGGAGGAAAAAAAUUUGAUGUAACGAGCACUGAGGUGCUGUGAUAUUUUAUAAACUGAUUUGCAUUAGAGCACUUUUUAUGCAUUGUGGAUACAUUGGAACUUUGGAGUCAAGUAAAGGCAUGGUCAUUGCUGAGCCAUCACAAGCAGGUCACUUAGUGAUGUGCAGACUCUGUUGCAGUGUGUUUUUCUGGUCAUAUCAUAGUUUAUAGAAUAUUCCAUAAUUUUCCUUCCCCACCUACACUAACACACACACACACAGCAAGCGAACAAAAAGACUGUUGAUUGGCUUUGAUAAUGAGGGAUUUUUUUAAAGGUUUUUUUUUUAGGAGGAGUUAUUUAUUAUUGGUGAAAUUGUAAGACUGCCUGGAAAAUAUGGAUAUUGGUGAUACGCUAAGGUAUACGCUGCUGCUUUUUCAUGGUAUUAGGAUUAAUGUUGAUGGUGGCAUUGGAAUGUGCCUUUUGGUCUGUUUUAAAGGAAGAGAAACAACCUGUUACAAGAAAGUGGUAUUAUCCUCAGCAUGUCUAGAAUGUGUGUCUUUGGACUAUGAUUUUCUCCAGGUCACUUGCAGCAGCUGUAUCUGCAGGUAGUGGUACAGAAAGUUCCAGUAGCACAGAAUGUCCAUAUCACUGCAACUUACACCCAGUUCAAAGGAUUUCCUGUAAAUCUGCAAGAAUAUCCAGCUAGUUUUUAGAAUGAGUGGACACAAUAGAAGAUUGAGCCUCUUGAGAUAAUGUGAUUUAUUUAUGAAAGAUUUCUUCCCUCUUUGAACUAGCUGGACUUGAUCAGAGAUUAGUCAUUGGAGAAUUCUAUGGAUUAAAAACAGGUGUGCAUACAGGUAUGUUAAGAUGGAUGCUUUUGCAGCAGAUUUGAUGGGUUUUUUUUUAUUGUUGUGCUUAUGAGCACUUCUGAACUGGGUGCUGCAGUGGUUUAUUGAUAUGUUGUGUUCAGGAAGAUGGAGACCAUAACUAAUACAGAUAAUUUGUUACUAUCAUUCUUUGAUCAAAACAACAAAGUCUUAAAAAGUAAAUGAACAAAGUCCAAAUAAUUUUAAUAUUUCUUUUGUAUUUUUAAGAGUUAGGGAUGCUUUCAAGAUUCUAAUCCUUUAGUUUGUCUUGAAUAUUUGCUGGUGUGAAAAAUUAUGAAAUCCCAAUGACAAAACUACCAUCAGUUUGUUGAAUAUGUAAUCCUUUAGAUUUUGGCUUCCAACUUUUGAUAAGGCCAUUCUCAAUCUGCAGGUUUGGAUGUAAUGUUCCUAGUGACUGUUAUGGGGCUAACAGCCAUGCAUGAAACAAGCAGUUUACAUGCUUUAUGAAUGACUUGCACUUGAGUGAUUUUGUAUGCUGCUGCAAGAAAUCCAGAUUGAUGUUAUUUGAGGAAGUACAUUCUUUCCUACUUGAAUUAAAAGAAGUACCCGGGGCUCUCCAGGUGUCUAAAUUACUCAGGAUAGUGACUUCUUGCAUUAUUUUAACCCUUGGAGCAGGUUUCUUGUUGCAUCUUACAGUUUUCUCUGUCAGUGAUGAUAUGGUUUUAAAAAGCAUCUGCUGUGGAGGUGGGCUGGCAACUGCUUUUUUCUCCUCCCAGCCUGGCAAAAGAAAUGUGGCCAUACGCAAAGAUUCUUUAGAUGCCUUUAUUAUUCUCAAGUUAUUUGUAGAUUAUCAUUUCUCUAAUUUUUAUUACUAAGCAUUUUUUUACUGUGGCUUUUCACUAGAUAGAUAUUGGUAUUGCAGAGAGCCAGUUAUAAGAGACAUUGAUAAGGUGAUGCAUUUACUACACAGCAUUAGAACUGGGUAGACUGGCAGAGAACUAGAUGUAUUUGACUUGUAGCACAAAUAAUUUUUUUUCCCUGUCAUUAGUUUUAGUUUAUACCUUGUUACUCCUUGAGGAGCAUAGGGCCGCAACAUCUUGCCAGCAGACCAGGUUUUGGGCAGCCCCCCUCGUUACUCCUUAUAAAAAAGUACUUGGAGAUUCAUUUUUUAAUAGCAGGUGUUGCAAAUCAUGUUGUGAAAAUCUAGAUGACGUUACUCUUGGGGUUUGUCUGCCCUGUUUUCCAGGGCAUUUAGGGCAAGAUUGUAGAGCUGAUUUCUUGUUGACAUUAAUUUUUAUCACAAACUGUGUAAGCAAUUGGUGACUGUUUCCAUGGCAACUCUUAUCAUAGGGAAUAUAUUUAUCAUUAACUGAGAGGAGCCUACAACUUUCCUUCUCAGUUUAUUUUUCUGAACAUUUAUAGAAUAUCAUUAAAUACAAGUCAGGCAAAGCAAAGAGAAUGUGUGUGGCAUGAAAUAGUGCUUGUAUAGCAUUUGCUAUGUAUAUAAACUAAAUUUAUGGAGCACAAGAUUUCACAAUAAAAACGACAUUCAUGGUGUUCCAGCUAUGAUGGUAUUUUUAAACAGACAUCUCUAGACAGUAUAUGCUAGUCUCUAUACACUAGCAUUUUUGGAAGCAUGUGAAAUACACCAUUUUCUCAAUAGCUGGCUUUUCUCAGUUGGAUUUCUGGGUAAAUAGAGCAAUAAAGCUGCCUACCUUCCUCACCCCUGCUAACCACCGCCCCUCCAUUACAUGUAGUGGAAUGUACAAAAUCAUUAGCCACCUGUCGUCAUGCCCCUUGUACUCUCAUAAAAACAGCAAAAUGCUAUGUAUCAGUGUUUAACAUUCUUGAAUCAUCAUGGUUUUCUUUAGAAGCAGCAUCUCUGGUUGAUGUGAAGUCAUUGUAUGUGGUGCAGUUUUUGUGUAGCCAGUCUCCACCCCUCCCUUCCCACGAGAAGGGGGGUAGGGAUGGGUGAUGUGUGAGAAAUGUUUGCACUUUGGGCUAGUUGCUGUGUGUUAUUGCUGUUGUCUUUCCCAUGCUGCUCUUAAGAGUUGAUGUGAACCUGGCCCCUUGACCUUACAGUGCCCACCUAGUUCUAAACUGUUUGUGAUGUGUGCUGCCAAACACUGUUUAAAACAGUGUAACUGUAAUAAACAUACUAAGAAGCAA